UGCGUGUGGACGGACAAAACCGGAGUUUUAAGGUCCGCAACGUCACUUUCCACGACAAAAAAACGCUGACAUCACGUGUGCGACCUGUGUUUACACUAGCCGACAGCAUGGAUGCCCUCAGAGCUGCGCUCGCUUUAUCAAUUGUCCAAGCGCUUUCUGCUUGUUUGUUUUUGCAAGCGGAAUUACUGCUCCUUGCGGAAGACCACAGACGAAGGACGAGGUUAAGAACGGGGGAAGUACUGCCGCCUACAGGUCUGGCAUGUCCUUAACAACGUAUUUAUCCGGGUACGUGUGGACAGAGUUUUUUUUAAACGAGGUGGUGUGGAUGCAAGUUUUUCGUUUAAAAAAAAAAACGGCUACACGUGGACUAGGCCUCUGACACACAGCAGAGCAUGCGGGCGGAGGGAGACCUGGUUCUGGAUCUGAACCUGCUAGUCUGACUGCGUCUGAAGUCAUUAGUCUUUUUUUGGGAUGUUUCCAGGUCAGGCCGGUUCUUGUGUGCCUAUGUUCUACACCAUGCCAUUCUCUGUCUGCGGUGUGAGUGGCUGCCACUACGCGUCUCGAAACGAUAAGACCUACUGGCUCUCCACGAUGGAAAAGGCUCCAAACAGACCUUUUGAUGGAAGCAUCAUCAGAAACCACAUCAGCCGCUGUGUGGUGUGUGAAGCACCUGCCUCAGCGGUGGCCCUGCAUGACCCCAACUCCAAACGGCCUCCAGAGUGCCCCGAGAACUGGACCAGCAUCUGGCAGGGGUACUCCUUUUUGAUGGUGAGAGCCAGAACAACUAGACCUUCUCAGAACUUGUGAGGGUCCAAGUUCAGUGGGUUUAUGUAAAGACCUGGAACGCUUACCCCCAAAUUCCACUACCUCCGCCAGGGGCGGAUUUAGGACUGAAGAAGAUCCGGGGCUUAACACACACGCGCGCGCACACACACGCGCGCGCACGCGCACACACACGCAUGCGCGCACACACGUGACACGCACUAGUCAACAUCAUAUAUAUAUAUAUAUAUCUUGUACCACAUAAUGUUUAAUCUGAAGCUACAUAUUCAGCAUAUUCAGGGCAGAGUAUUGUUCCUGUUAGUGUUUAGUGUGAGAUGAUAGUGAAUAUUCCCUUUCUUUCUCCAACAACUUUACCUGAUAGUAAGCUAACUUUAGGCAAACCAGCAGCACAACAAAUAUUUUCAAAUAAGACUCACAAACCUGAGUCAACACCAGUCUCAUCAGAGCUGGGGUUCUGUCGUUGUACUUUUGGUCUAAAAAAACGUCCUUAUAUCCAUCUUCACUCAUGCGUUUCAGAGACUGCAGAAGCCAGCUGCUGAAGGGCUUCUCUUCAGUCUCAGGUAAACUGUAUACUGACUAAGUAGCCUAGUGGUAGAGUGUCUGCCCUGAGAUCGGGAGAUCAGGGGUUUGACUCCUGGUCGGGUCAUACCAAAGAUUUUGAGAAAAAUGGGACCCAAUGCCUCCCUGCUUGACACUCAGCGUUGGAUUGGGGUUGGAUUGGGGGGUUAAACCACCAAACGCCGAGCGCGGCGUGUCUGCAACUCAGGGGAUGGGUCAAAAUCGGAGAAUAAAUUUCACCACACACCUGUGUGUGUGACGACUAAAUGGGACUUUACAAACUACUGCCAGCUGCGCCCUCUCUGUGUGACUUUGGUACUGCAUGUUACUUCCGCGAUUUAGAUCCGGGGCUUAUCAUGAAAGAUCCGGGGCUUCAGCCCAAGUAGCCGGGCCUAACGCCGCCCCUGACCUCCGCUCCGACACGAACGCCGGAGCAAAAUCGGUCCCGUUCUAGUCAAUCAGAGCAAUUCCACUACUGCGGCUGUGCUCCGGCAGUGCGGCGCCGUGCGCCGCCCUCUGUUCCGGCGUCCGGCAAAAAUAGAAUCGAUCCUAUUUUUGCCGGACGCCGGAGCACCUCCACAGUCAAUGGACAGAAAUCACAACGGCCCAACAGGAAAAGGAGCAAGCACAACUUCCGUUUUUCACAAUAAAUGCGGGCGGAGGGAGACGAGAGGGAAUGAGGAGGAGGAAAAAGGCGAGCGAGAAAGAGGCGAGUGCGACGAAGACUGUGAGAAAAUGAGCACCCGCAGUCGGAAAGUGGAGAUUUCUUAAAGUGCUCAGUUAUCAACUCCAUAUAAAUGAUAAAUAUUUGAUAUAUUGCAUUUGUUUACAUUAGUAAAUCAUUUUACAUAUAGUUUUGCAUUAUUUUGGUUAUAAAUGUACUCUACGCAACAGAAAAUCUGAGGAGCCACUUGGGAGUCGAAAGAGCCGGCUCUUUUUGGUGAGCUGAGCCAAAAGAACCGGCUCUCUAAAAAGAGCCGGAAUUCCCACCACUACUGGGACAACCGCAGCUGAUUCCAGAGUGGAUAUCAGAGGCAGGCGCUGCAGCAGAUGCAACAUGUGGCCUACAUUUUUUCUAGUUUCUGGAGUGACUCUC